AUGUUCAAAACGGAACCGGAAGAUAGAGACAGUCCACAGAGAAGAUGUUCUGUGAAUCUUACACCGUUCUCGAUCGAAGACAUCCUUAAGGAUCAAGCCAGGAGUUCACAGGAUCAAGCGCUAGACAUGUCCAGUAAAGCUGAAAGGAUCCGUUAUGAGGAGAUGGUCCGAACUCCAGGUCCAGGAUCCCUGCUGUAUCUACGACCCUCCUGUUUACCCAUGACUGCCCCCAGGCACCCUGACUCCUCCAGCCGCAAGAAGCGAUCCAGGGCGGCCUUCUCGCACUCGCAGGUCUACGAGCUGGAGCGAAGGUUUAACCAGCAGCGCUACUUGUCAGGCCCCGAGCGCGCUGAUCUCGCUCACUCCCUCAGACUGACCGAGACCCAGGUGAAGAUCUGGUUCCAGAACCGUCGGUACAAGACCAAGAGACGACAGCUGCUCGCCGACGGGCCAGGGAAGAGGGUGGCGGUCAAAGUGCUAGUCAGGGAUGACAGACCUGUGACCGCUGGGCAUGGAAGGGUGGCAGGCAUGUUCCCAUCAUCUCCCCUGCAGACACUGCAGCUACCCUUGCCCGCCUACUACUACUACCCCUUCCUCCAAGGAGCCGUCACCUCCAAUCCCCUGCCAGACACCAUGGAUACGCUGGAGCCACCAUCGUCCCCUUUCGCUGUAGACUAGA